GUGGCUCGGGCUGCGCAGGAACAGCUGGUGCCUGGGAAGGCGGCUGGCCGGCGGACACGCGUGGGGUGCGGGUGGCUUGCCGCGCCACGCUGCGGGAGCAGCCGCCGCCUAGCACCACUGCACCAUGUCCGGCCAGCUGGAGCGUUGCGAGCGCGAGUGGCACGAGCUGGAGGGAGAAUUUCAGGAACUGCAGGAAACUCACAGGAUCUACAAGCAGAAGCUGGAGGAACUGAAUGCACUCCAGACUUCGUGUAGCAGCUCCAUCAACAAGCAGAAGACGCGACUGAAGGACCUGAAACUCACACUCCAGAGGUACAAGCGCCAUGCCAGUCGGGAGGAGGCAGAGCUCGUUCAGCAGAUGGGUGCCAACAUCAAGGAGCGGCAGAACAUCUUCUUUGACAUGGAGGCCUACUUGCCCAAGAAGAAUGGGCUCUACUUGAAUCUGGUUCUCGGUAAUGUAAAUGUGACCCUUCUCAGCAAUCAGGCCAAAUUUGCCUACAAGGAUGAGUAUGAGAAGUUCAAGCUCUACCUGACCAUCAUCCUGCUCCUGGGUGCUGUGGCGUGUCGAUUUUUCCUUCACUACAGGGUGACAGAUGAAGUCUUUAACUUCCUGCUCGUAUGGUAUUACUGCACGCUGACAAUUCGGGAGAGCAUUCUUAUCAGCAACGGCUCGAGAAUUAAAGGCUGGUGGGUGUCUCACCACUACGUGUCCACGUUCCUGUCUGGAGUGAUGCUGACCUGGCCUAACGGACUAAUUUAUCAGAAGUUUCGCAAUCAGUUUUUAGCGUUCUCCAUUUUUCAGAGCUGUGUCCAGUUCCUGCAAUAUUAUUACCAGAGAGGCUGCCUCUACCGACUGCGGGCCCUGGGGGAGAGGAAUCACCUGGACCUCACUGUGGAAGGAUUUCAGUCCUGGAUGUGGCGAGGCCUCACCUUCCUUCUGCCCUUCCUGUUCUGUGGCCAUUUCUGGCAGCUCUACAAUGCCGUCACAUUGUUUGAGCUCUCCAGCCAUGAGGAAUGCAGAGAAUGGCAGGUGUUCGUGUUGGCACUGACGUUCCUUGUCCUCUUCCUCGGCAACUUCCUGACCACACUCAAAGUCGUGCACACCAAACUCCAGCAGAACAGAAGCAAGGCCAAGAAGCCGUGAGCCACGGGGCUAGCGCCCCUCGAGACCCUGGACUUUGAGACUGCAGGGGAUCCCAGGCGGCGUCCUUGCUCCCUCCCCAACAGCGCCAGUGACCACUGGCAGCGGUGACCUCAGGGGCCAGUGCUUCACUGGGAGCAGGGCCAAGGCCCGGUCCCCGGCUGGACAAGAGGAACGUGACCCCAGCCUGUCGGCGCAGUAUUAGCCGGCCCCAGCCUUCUAUUUAUGACAUAUUUAAUAUUGCCUGCCCCCUUCCCUAGAAUCUGCUGCCCUCCUUCCCCCGCUGCUCUCUUGAGACUGGGUCAGUCUUCCUGGGAGGGGGCGGGGGGAACUAAGCCUCAGGGACCCCCUCUGUUCCCCUUCCUGUCACUGAGCCCGUCAGGUUUGGGCUUCGGAUGUGCCUCGCUGGGGCUGGGUUUCCGCUGAUCUGCUAGUUACGGAGUCCCAGGUGGGUGGAAGGAAGCCUCUCGGUGUCCUGCGGAGCCUCCCUCCUCAGGCGCUGCUUCUGCUGUAAGCCCCCGGAGGCCUCCGGGGUGUUUCAGCUCUCAGAGAACCACUGUCCGUCCGUGCCUCCUCCUCCUCGUGCUUCCUGAGUCUCCUCGCGCUUCCUGAGUCUCCUCGCUUGCUGCCUGCCAGGGCUUGGCCUGAGGCAGGGGAGUUUUCUGAGGGUCACCACCAGAGGGCACCCCUGCACUGUUUGGUUGGUUUGAGGGCAUGUUUCCCUCCCACCCCACCCCCCACAGUUUGGGUUCACUCUUGUGGGAGGGGUGCUUCCUGACCCCCACUCCUCAGCCCACCUUCCCAAAUUCAUGCAGUAACUCAGGGAGUGGGGACAAGAUUCUCAGCCCUGGUUGGGACUUAAGCCAGCAUGGAGGUCACCUGUGCUUCAGGCCUCCCCCCUUCACCUCAGAGGUUCUGGAAUGUGGUGGGGAGGAGGGGCGAGUCUGAGCAGGCUCGCUUUGUGGAGGUCAUCCUCUGGAGGUCAUGGCAGGUCUGCUGGUCACCUCAUGUUAGGUUUUCUAUCUGUGAAGAAGCCAAAAGUUUUGGUUGCAUUUUCUGCGUCUUCUCGUAUGGGCUUCAGCCGCCCUUAACAACUUACCUAGAAAUAUGUUGGCCAGAAUUCACAGAUGGUGUCUGUAGUCAUGCUCUGGCCCUCGAAGGAGUUUAAGUUUUCAAAAUAUGGUAUUUCCCCUCCCUCCAGUAAGAUCCUACAUGAAAAAUCCAGAUUUCUACUUUCCUUAGAGAGAUGGAAAGACCUAGAAACAUUCCCAUAGAGCAGCAUUUGGCUGGGCUGAGCUGCCUUGUCUAGGGUGGGGGCUUGCUUUCUAGUUUGCCCCACCACUUCCUUUCAUCCCUACCCUACUUCACUCAUUUGGGUCUCCCAUCUGGCCCUUUAGGAACUUGGGUUUGCCCCAGACUAGGACUUGGCAAACUUCUUCUGUAAAGAGCCAGAUGGCAAAUAUUUUAGGCUUUGAGGGCCAGAUGGUCUGUGUCACACGAGUCUGCCGUUGGAGGGCAAAGGCAGCCAAUGGAUAAAUGAAUGGGAGUGGCUGUGUUUCAAUAAAAGUUUAUUUACAAAAAUAGGCAGUGGCCAGAUUUGGCGCAUAGACUGUAGUUUGUGGACCUCCUCUGUCCUAGACCAUCCUUUCUUUGUCCACGAAGCUCUGAACUGAAUGCUCUGUUGACUCCCCCUAGGCAUGGCAGGGUCUUGGGGAACCUAGGUAGGGUAGGGUAGGUUUUAUAAGUCUCUUUCUCAGGCCCAGUGGAGGCCGGAGCACUAGGCAAGGCAGGGGGUAUAGGCAGAAGAUAUGAGGGAGGGCAGGAACCACCCAACGCCAUGAUCUCAUAUUAGGUAAAGCUGAUUCCCCGGCUUAUUCAGGAACCACCAGCUCACAAUCUCUGGGGCACCGACCCGACCCAGACCCCAGACCUUUCGGGAGGUUCAGCGAAGCUGUGCUGGGGGUUAAUCCGGAAGUCUCCCAGGAGGCCAGGAUGGCCUUGGUGUGUGGUCUCCACACCUCGGCAGCAGGGGGCGCUGUUUGGGACAGAAGGGAGCCAGUGCCAUCCUUCUGCGGGGAAAAGAAAUCUGUAGAGACCUGAAUUGCCCAAGAUCACUCAAGAGCCGCUGUUACUUUUCAUCUCGGGUUUCUGGCAAGUUGUGGCCAGGGUAGGGUCACAGACGCUGAGCAGGGAUCAAAUAGAUGGUCCAGGGAAUACUUCUUGCUUUUAGAGAGAGGUUCCUCUCUGCCCCCUGUGCAUCCAGCUCUGGAAAGAUGGUGGCCAAGCUGAAGGCUGAGACUGAAGUCCUUUGUAUGAGGUGGAGGAGGGAAGGCCCCCAUGUCCAAGGCUGAGGCCUAUGUUCUUCUGAUAGGCCCCAGGCCCACCGUGGUGCCCGAGUUCCUGGGCGGAGAAAGCAAGAAGCUGGAGGUUGUGACCAUGCCUAUUUCGGGGGCCCAGGGAGGUGGGUGACUUGGGAGAGCAGGCUUGGGGGCCCUGUGGAAGGCUGCCAAGUCCACCUUUAUCCACGUACCAGACAUUGUUUCUCGUUUCAGGCAUGGGCUUGGAGGACCUGUCAGGUGUGCCGACGGGGAACACACAGCUGGGGGCUGGUUGUGACAAGGGCCCUGAGUGCCGGGGACAAGUGCUGGUUCCAGGAUACAGAGGAACCGAGGGCCGCACCCCCACCCUCACCACUAUGACCACACAGGCUGGAGGGGAGUGUGUGGUCAGAGCUCCAGCUGGGAAAGGAGAGAGUUCCAGAAUGUUCCAAGAGCCUGGCCACAGGCUCCAGACACUAGGUCCUGGAGGUGCCUGACGCCAAGUGCCCUUCGAGAGCUGGGGCAGGGGUGGGGUUCGGGUAGCAGCUUGGGCCUGGGGGCCUGGGCCCUGUCAGUUCUGUUAUGAGGGCUGCAUGCCCUGCUGGGAGCUGUCAGAGCAGCAAGCAAAGCCGGUGUUGUUUCUGCCGCUGUGCCUUUUUCAGAGCGCUGAGGGCAACCUUGGCGGCCUCCCGGAAGACGUCCUCCACAUUCUCCCGAAACUUGGCAGAACAUUCCAGGUAGAGGGCGGCCCGGAUCUGCUCGCAGGCGCUUUGGCCCUGGUCGGGGGAGGGGCUGGGAUUAGACCCGGGGCCUCGGGUGUCUCCUGUGCGACCCCACUCACGAAUUUGGGGGCUUCCUGGGGCCACGGUCCUCCCCAGGGUGUGCAGAUGGGCCAUAAGGGCUGGUUUGGUGUGGCCCACAGGCUGUAGCUACUGGGAACUCCAUCUUGGCCUCCACCCCACACUCUCCCCAAACUCAGGCAGAGACGAGCUGACUUCAGCCAGGAACUGGGGUGGUCUGUUGUGUCUGCCAGGCCUGUGAGAAGCGUUGAAGGCCUCAAGACAUAAGGGCUUCCUACAUGCCUCUCUCCCCUCUCAUCUCAGAAGCACAAUUUAAGCAACUGAGCUGGCUAUUAGAGUAGAAAGAAAAAUACUUCUAACACAAAUUUAUUAAUGCCUAUUCCUUUUGAUUAAACUUUUUUCGUUUU